UCACCACUCUCACAUGCCCUCCGCUGUGCCAAUCAGUCCAGCGCGUCAUGAAUCUCGUGCGCAGGUGAUAUCUAUUAGCUUACCUCAUAUGCCGUCGGGUGUAGUGUCCAUUCACUACCAAACCGUUUCCUUCCGGUGAGAGAUUUUUUUUUUUUCGUAGCGGGUUUGGCAAGCAGCGGUUGGCUUUGCAGAUGCUAAGUCUUAGCAGCUAGCAUGGCGGAAAAUCAUAUGGAGUACCGCUAUCUAGAGGGUGAGAGCAUCGGUGAGCAGUUCACCGAGGACCCGGAGCUGAUGGCCAUCAAGGCCAGGGUCCAGGAGCUGGAGAUGGAAGAAGAGACUGAGAGACUGAAGGAGGAAGAUGAGAGGUGUGCUGCAGAAGAGAUGCAGCUUAUGACCAACAGCCCUCGGCCUGGACCCUUCUAUAAUAUGACUCCUGAAGAGAGGAUAGAUGCAGACAACAGAUCGGUCUAUGUGGGAAAUGUGGAUUAUGGAGCUACUGCAGACGAGUUGGAGAUCCAUUUCAAUGGCUGUGGUCCUGUCAACAGAGUUACCAUCCUGUGUGAUAGGUUCUCCGGUCACCCUAAAGGCUUUGCUUACAUUGAAUUUUCUGAUCGAGACUCUGUGCAGAGUGCUAUUGGUUUACACGAGACGUUGUUCAGAGGAAGAGUCCUCAAGGUAUUGCCUAAGAGAACCAACAUGCCAGGCAUCAGCACCACAGACAGGGGAGGACACAGAGGCGGCCACUCCAGAGGCAGAGGCCGUGGUUACCGUCCUCCCAGAUACCAAAACAGCUCUCGAGGCAGAUUCCGGUACCAGUCGACAAGACCGCAACACCAAACGCCACACCCCUAUUACGGAGGAGCGUCAGUGGGAAAGAGACAGGGACACAUGGACUACCAUGAACAAACACCGAAGCGUUACCCGUGUCUGCUUCUCAUAACACCUCCAUCAGAGGAGCUGGGGGCAGUGUCAAGUGGACAACACUACCCUCAACAACGUUAGCACUACUCCCGGCCUACUUGAUAUGUGGGUGGAUGGGUGUGAUUUUUAAAAGGCAAAUACUUUCAAGUAUUGUGAUGUACAGAACUAACUCCUGCAUCAGUCAUUCAUAGGUGAGAAGUGACAAAAGCAGACUGGGGUCCCCGCUGUUACAUACGCUUAUGUUGCUGUGAAUGCAUGGGACAGUUCUUACAUUGUUAUGCAGUUGCAUCUGUUUUUACAAGUUGAUGGGAAUGUUUUGUGUUGCUGCCUGUAAUAUAUAAACCCUACCUGUGUGUAACUUAAGUUCUUUUGCUAUGUGCAUAAAUAAAAGUAAAAUAACACAUAUA